UUCACUUUAAGAGGAAGCUUUUCUUCUCUCUGUCUCACAUCAGUCUCACAUCAGGACCCAGCCUGUCAGCUACACAUAUCAUAGAUCUUGUCUUCUGCUCUGAGGUACAGUAUGUCUCGUCUGGAGAAGGCCAUUGUAUCCAUGGUGGAGGUGUUUGAGGAAUAUGCUACAAAGGAUGAUAAGAAUCGCCAGCUUAGCGGGACAGAGCUCGCAGAGCUGAUGAAGAAAGAGCUGGCCAGCCCAGAGUUCCACGGAAAGGUGGAACCAGCAGUGCUCCAGGAGGCGAUGACCAACCUGGAUAAGAACCACGAUGGGGAGAUCAACUUCAGAGAGUUCUCCAUGUUCUUGGCUACUCUGGCCAGGGGCUACUACAGAGCCAGAAACAAGGGCAACAAGGGCAAGCCUGAAUGAGGGGCCAAAAAGAACCUGUUGACAGGUGUGGCCAGUAUCGAGACACACACAUACUGCUUUUCUAUGAUGAAAGAGAGAAAAUGAUACUCUUACUGUAACUUGUAUGGUGCUUUUAAGAUGUCUUCUCAACAUUUCCCCUGUUUUUUUUUAAUGAAAUUUGACUUGCUUACUAGUUGGUGUUGUGUGUUUCAUUUUUGUGAUGGAGAAUUCCUCGAGAUGAUGUGAUGAACACCAAUUCUCAGACAUUACAACUGGUACACCCAUUAAAGGGAUACGCAGA